AUGCCCAAAGGACCAUUGAUGGACUGGCCAUACUACAAGGAUGCAGAGAAUAAUCAAGUAUUUGUGCCAAUGGAAGAUGGCCAACUACCCAAUGGAUCUCUCCAGUCAUUCUAUGAUCCCAAAAACCCACAGUGCUUCAAGGGCAUGGCGUGGAUUUUGAAAGAGCGCAGACUAGCUCAUAUUUCCAAGAAGAACACUCAAUGCACUAAUUUCAAGUGUCCCAAGGGGAAGACCAACUGCUGCUGUUGUUGCGCCAUGGUCAACCAACCCAACUUCAAGUCAUGUGACUCAUGUCUACAAGAGACAGCUUGCAAACUUGGGACUCAAGUGAUGUUUCUGCCAAAAUACCACUGCAAGUUAACCUUAAUUGAGCAGAUAUGGGGGCAAGCUAAACAGAGUUAUUGUGACUACCCACUGUCAAGUAACCCAAAGGUGCUCAAAGAGAAUGCCCUCAUAGCCAUGGACGGUGUUGAGCUUCUUUUGAUGUGGAAGUUUGGUGCUUGA